UCGAACAACAUAUGCGCAUAUAAUCCACACAUUCACAUUUUCAAAGAUGGCCGACGAUUUGAAAUUAAGUUAUUUACAUGAUAUUCGAUUUGGUGAUUUCAUUGCCCAUAAAGCGUUCUGGCAUAAUAAAGAGAUGAUCGCAAUCUCAAAAUUUGAGUUUCGAUUUACGAAAGACGAUAUUGAAUUAGUUACGCGACUCAGACAUACGAAUAUUAUUGAAAUAGAUUACAUUCAGGAGUAUUAUUUACUAAUAGAAUAUUCAGAUUGUGGAUCUCUCAAUAGUUACCUACAUGGGAAGGAGCAGAGAGAAUAUACAGUAAGACAUGUGCUCUCCUGGAUGCAUCAGGCCGCCCUGAGUAUGCAGUACCUCCAUUCUAUGAAAGCAAUCCGGUUCCUUCAACGUAUAAGUACCGAGAGACUUAUAUUAUUCAACCAAUUUCGCACAUUAAAAAUCUCACCUAUUUCGAAGAUUUUCAACGAGUAUUCGGCAAAUACAUCACCGGAGCUGAAAGCAGAGAGCAUAUAUAGCUUUGGCAUUAUCUUUUGGGAGUUAAUGUCGCGAAAGACACAUUUAAGUCGCCUUGGUGAUGAUCUGCCUAACCCGCGAAGGAUCCCAAUAAUUAUUGGAGAGAUUUCGUUACUUAAUGAAAUAAAAAUACCUAACUCUGAACCGAUCAAAGAAUUAAUUGAAAAAUGCUUUAAUUCGGAUCCGGAUAGAAGGCCAGCGAUGGAAGAGAUAUUGUCCGAUAUCGGAAAUUUUCUUGAAAGUUUCGACUCUUCAGAAUUAGAUCAUGUGUUAACUGCUGAUACAGGAUCAAUCUGGGACUUUGCAGCCAUUGAAAUGGGCGAGGAAAUGCAUAAGGGCACCUUUGGCGUUACGUAUAAGGCGACGUUGUAUCAUUCGACUAUUGUUGUAAAAAGAUUGAAACAAGUUAUGAAUGAAAACAUUAAACAUCAAAUCAGGGAGCUAAUUGCUUUAUCAGGUAAAUCUGUUGUAUCAGUGCUUGGCAUUGCAAUGGAAGGAGAAUUUACAUAUUUACUGAUGGAAUACAUAGAGAAUGGAUCCCUGUUCGAUCGUAUCCACAAUAACACGAAACCCAUUCCUUUGCAUGAUGUUUGCGCUUGGAUGUUGCUUGCUGUCAAGGCUAUUGAUUACUUUCGAUCUAAGAUAAAGAUGGACAUUCGUUUCCUUUGCAAUUUGAAGUCUUCAAAUAUUAUGUUAUCUAAUAACAAAGUGAAGUUAUGUAAUUUUUGCCUUGCGUUCGACGAUAAAGAUGUGUUAAAGCACAAUUUAGAUAAGUCCUACAUAGCACCAGAGGUAAUCAAAGAAGGAGAAUACACUGAAAAGAGCAUCGUAUACACCCUUUGUAUUAUCUUGUGGGAGAUACUAGCACGCAAGAUGCCUUUUUAUAACUAUCAAAAUCAAUUCCAAAUUAAGAGAGCAGUCGUAAGAGGUGAACGACCGAAUAUUGAGGAUAUUCCUGCAGUAUGCACAGAUGAAUUAAAAUUAUUUCUUACCAAAUGUUGGUAUGAGGACCCGGCGGACCGACCACAAUUGGAAGAUUUAAAAAGAAUAUUUGAAAGUGGCCCAAAUUAUAUGAUUCUCUCAAAGAAAUUUGAUAUCGUCAUCAUCGAUUUUGCGGACAUAAAUAUAAAUGAUAUUCUUGGGAAAAAUGACUUUGGCAUUGUCUACAAAGCUGAUUGGCGUGAUUUGGAGAUCGGCUUGAAAAAAUAUAAACAAGUUUUAAGGAAUGAAGUCAAAUCUGAACUUGAAAAAGAGAUCACACGACAGUCACGCAUUGACCAUUCGAAUGUUGUGAAACUAUAUGGUAUUGGUUAUAUUAAGGAAAUCGCACAUUUAGCCAUGGAAUAUUCUGAUUGUGGAUCCCUCCACAACUACUUGCACAGUGAGGAAAUGCAAAGUUACACAGUCAAGCCAUUUUGCCUCCACUGGAUGUAUCAGGCGGCAAAGGGAAUUGAGUUUCUGCAGACGAGGCCAAAGUCAAUUAUACAUUGCAAUUUAAAUUCUCAAAAUAUGUUGCUGUUCGACAACUUCAGGCUCUUGAAAAUCAGUGAUUACUGCUUUCCGGGAGAUAUUAAAUCCCUCGCAAAAUAUCAAGAUCACGCCUAUGUAGCACCGGAGGUCUUCAAAGAAGUCCGAUAUACAAGAGAGAGCGACAUAUAUAGCUUUGGGAUCGUAUUUUGGGAGGUGAUGUAUCGCAAGAAGCCCUUCUCUCAAUUUGAAAAACCUUUUAAAAGCAAUGAAAUAGAUGAGAUCCUAGAAGGCACGCGUCCGCCUCUGAGUGAUGAAAUUGAAUCAGAGUUGAAUUACACACAGGAAACAAUUAAAAAUUGCUGGGAUGCAAACCCAGAAAAGCGUCCUACAAUUUCUAAACUUGUCAAAGAGCUGCAUAAGCCUGAGUUUGUCAAAGUUGCUAAGAUUGAACCUGAAGUGUUUACGGCCGUAGACUUUGCGGAUAUUAAACUUGGAGAGGAAUGUGUUGAACAAGGUUCCUUCGGAGCUAUCUACAAAGCUAAUUGGUGUAACAAAAAGAUCGCAGUUCAGCAUUGCAAAUGGAUUUCAGCAGACUUCGAAAACUUAAAAGAUUUUGCCAGCCGAGUUUCCCAUGAGAAUAUUGUGAAAAUAUUUGGAAUUAUAGCUCAUAAGAAAGAUGCAUUUAUCCUUAUGAAUUAUCUUGAGUGUACAACUCUUCACAACUACGUGCAUGGAGGAGAGAAGUUUGAGUAUACGUUGGCUCGUGGACUCAGUUGGAUGGCCCAGUGUGCCAAGGGCUUGGCCUACUUGCAUGCCAUGAAACCAGAACCCAUUUAUCAUAACUGCUUGACAACACACAACCUACUUCUAACCGGCAAUAACCGAAUUUUGAAAAUAUGCAAUUUUGGCAUUCCUGCAAAACUGUCAAUGCCUCUGGAAUAUGAAAUGUAUAUUAAAGCGUUAUCAGACUUUCUAAGAUCGGAACCGAAUUCUUGGGAUAUUUUCUGCCUUGUCACUAUUCUAUUGGAGGUGAUGACACGCCAGACAUUUGAUCGUUCAGUAACUCGUCACUCACCAAUGUUUGUUUUGGAAGGCACAGAGCAUAUAGAAGGUAUAAUUGAUGCGCUUUCGACAAUGAAAUUGGAAAUCGAAUAUAUCGCCUCUUUUCUUGAAAGUAUACUUAUAACUUCUGAAUCUAGAAUAGUUUCUCAAGUCAUACGACCCAUGAAGAAAGAAGAGUUUAAGAAACUUAUAGAUGAAAGAUCGAGCAAAUUGAAAAUUAAAAAUGUGGAUUAUAAGCAUAUACAGAUUGUUCCGAUUCCGAAUAUACAUAAUAAAAACAAAACAAGAACUCUUGGAGAAGGUGCCUUUGGCAGUGUUUACAUGGCCCUUUGGUGUCACAAAAUUAUUGCGUUGAAAAAAUUCAGACUAGAAAGAAAUUCACAAAGUGUCCUUGAUUCAUUUAACAAAGAGGUGAAAAUGCUUGCAUCUCUUCACCACGAAAAUAUUGUGAAACUAUAUGGUAUCUCCUCUCAUCUGGAGACUGAUUAUUUACUCAUGGAAUAUGCUAAGAAUGGAUCGCUCUAUGACUACUUGCAUGGGGAGGAACAACGCAAUUACACAAUGGAAGAUGGAAUUCAUUGGAUGAUUCAGCUGGUUAAGGGUAUGGAUUACUUGCAUGGUCGAAAACCAAUGCCUAUAAUUCAUCGCGAUUUGAAACCUCAAAAUUUACUACUAACCGAAAACUUCAAACAGUUGAAGAUUGCAGAUUUUGGCACCGUUAAAGAAUUGAUGCCAAAAAAUACGACACAAAUUGGCACACCUGGUUAUAUGGCGCCCGAGGUUAUAGAAGGGCUACAAUAUACGGAAAAAUGUGAUACUUACAGCUUUGGCAUUAUUGUAUGGGAGGUAAUGUCUCGCAGAAGGCCUUUCGAUCACCUUGAAAAUCCCAAUGCAAUCGCACUUUUGCAUAAAACCGCAAUCAAAGAACGACCGGAACUGGAUGUUAAACUUAUUACGGACUGUAACCAAUUGAUAGAACUGAUUGAGAGUUGUUGGAACCACGAUCCAGGGAAGCGACCCUCUGCCGGAUCAAUUCAACUUUCUGGAAUUCCGUGUUCUGAUAUUUAUAUUGUCAAACCUGCAGCUGCUACAAUCGCUGCGCCCAACUCAGGUCCAACGCCGACGCCAAGUGCAACUUGUCCAACUGGCACGUCCACUGUUCUCAUAGCGGAUGAGCCCUUGCCGCUGGCAGUGAAUAAAGCAAAAUCAUCAGUGCCCUCGUCACGUUCAUCGACAUCCUCCAAUUCGUCGUCCAAUUCGUCGUCGCAGCAAGAAAGUAGCAGCAGCAGCAAGCGAAGAAGGAUAGAUAUAUAGAAUGAUCAUCUUUAAUCUAUAAAUUCAAAAUCAGCAUUUCAAUAAAUAUCCCUAAUCUAUAA